GCUUCUCUUCCCAACAGCCGCAUCCAAGUGAGACUGGGAGAGCACAACAUCAAUGUCCUGGAGGGCAAUGAGCAGUUUGUCAAUGCUGCCAAGAUCAUCAAGCAUCCCAACUUUAAUAGCAGGACCCUGAACAAUGACAUCAUGCUGAUCAAGCUCUCUUCCCCUGUGGCCCUCAAUGCCAGAGUGGCCACUGUGGCUCUGCCCAGCUCCUGUGCGGCUGCUGGCACUCAGUGUCUCAUCUCUGGCUGGGGCAACACCCUGAGCUUUGGUGUGAACAACCCAGACCUGCUCCAGUGCCUGGAUGCCCCAGUGCUGCCUCAGGCUGACUGUGAGGCCGCCUAUCCUGGAAAGAUCACUAAUAACAUGAUCUGUGUUGGCUUCCUGGAGGGAGGCAAAGAUUCCUGCCAGGUAACCAGUUUUAUUCUCACAAAA